AUGGAUCGUAUGAAAUUAGUCCUGCAGUACUUUCAGUCCAACUCCGAGUCCAUCUCCAAUGGAAUCUGUAUCAUCCUGGCCUUAGUCAGUGUCAAGCUCUACACCAGCUUUGACUUCAACUGCCCAUGCCUUCCUCAGUACAACAAACUGUACUCUCUGGGAGUGAUGAUCGUCCCGCCCAUCAUACUGUUCUUCCUGGGGGUCCUGGUCAACCGGCACACAGGCGUCAUGAUGGACGAGUGGAUGAGACCCGUUGGAAACAGAUCCAAAAAUCCUGCUGUGGUAAAGUACCUGUUCUCCGCCAUGCUCCAGAGGGCCAUGCUGGCACCAAUGGUGUGGAUCCUGGUCACUUUGAUGGAUGGAAAGAUCUUCAUCUGUGCCUUCAGUGUUAGCGUGGACCCUUCCCUCUUCUCAGGUUUGCCCAAUAAUACGGGUCUGGAUGUGAUCAAAGUCAUGGCCAAAGUGCCCUGCAAGGAGGACAUUAUCUUCAGGAACAGCUCUUUCCGCAAAGCAGUCUCUCGUUACGUUCGCUGCUAUUCACAAGCAGUCGGCUGGUCCAUCCUCCUCUUCCUCGUCGUGCUGGGAGCAAUGGGACGCCUCGUCAAGCCCUAUUUCGACGACCACGCCACGUCCCUGCAGACGCGCUACUGGAGCAACUACCUCGACGUGGAGCAGAAGCUCUUCGACGAGACCUGCGUCCUGCACGCCCGCGACUUCGCCCGCAAGUGCGUGGUGCAGUUCUUCGACGACAUGCGGGAGGAUGCCGUGCUCCAUCUUCCCCAGCCGCUCAUCGUCUCCAACCCCCACGGGGAGUGGGAGGAUGAGGACGAGGAGAAGCUUCACGGGGUGUCAAGGCAGGAACAGGUGGACCAGCUGCUCACCAAGUGGUACUACAGUAAACCGGAGCUGGACGUCACCAGGAUAGCCCACAGACCCAAAACGUGCGUCACCUGGGAGGACUGUGACGGGAAGACGUUAUACUCUGAUGUGUAG